GCAGGUUUUUUAUUUUUAUUAUUAUUAUUUUAUCUUUUUUUGAGAGGGGGGACGGGGGGAUGUAUGACAGGGAGAUGGGGAUAUGGCGAGGAAAGGGGGAUAUGGAGAGGAGGAGGAGGAGGAGGAUGUGGAUGAGGAGGACGACGAGGAGUCGUCACCGAGAUGGGGGAGGAGAAGAGAUGGACGGAGGGAAAAGAAGGGCAGGAGGAGGAGGACGAGUGGGAGGAGGAGGAGACAUGGACGGUGAGGAAGGGGAGGACACGAGGAAGGGCAGGAGACGAGGAGGCAUGGAAGAUGAGGAAGUACGCGGAGGAGGAGGAGACAAGGAGGAUGAGGAAGGGCAGGAGGAGGGGGACGAACAGGAGAAGGGAGAAGGAGACAUGGAGGAUGAGGAAGGGGAGGAGGAGCAAGGAGGAGCGAGGAAGGCUUCCAAUAGAAUUCCUGUUGAGGAGCAGGAGUGAUUCAAUGCAACCUUCUGUAGGGCCUGAGACUAUGGCACCGAACGCUGCAGAAGUGAAUGUUGACGAAUCCAAGGAGAAGAUUGAGAGAGACGAAGCGGGACCACCAGUGAGAGGAGCGGAUGAAGCAUGCGCUAUCCCAAACAGCAUCUAUCUGCGGAUCGAGUCAGGCCCAAGGUGCCUACUUUAUCCUCCUUCCACACUCCUACCAUCUUCACCCGAAUACAAUGCCCGGUCACCAUGGCUGUAUCUAGACUGAACCUUGCACCAAAUGCAUGCAAUAAAUUGCAGUUUCCCAG